AUUAUUUGGACUUUACAUCCAGAUAGAAUUACACUUAAUGACUCUCUAUCACUAAAGACCAACAUAAUCAGGUGUUGUCCAGGUGAGAGAAAUACCCUACUGCAAGACAUAACACUGGAAAUCAGUUUGGGGUACUUUCUGUAUGACCUGGGCUGGAGCUUGUAUCAUCAGACAGAACCAGCCAUCAUGAUCCUCCAUCAUGUUGUCAGCGUAAUAUCCAUUGGGACGGUGCUUUUUACUCGGACUUCGGGUGGUGAGGCAGUAGCAGGGAUAUUGAGCCUGGAGAUGACCAACCCUCUGCUGCAGAUGCGCUGGUUCCUGCGUACUGCAGGCUACAACAACACUCUGGCACAUACCAUCGUGGAGCUCCUAUUCGUGGCCAUGUUCUUGGUUAUGCGGCUUGGACUGGGGUCGGCUAUAACGUAUUGUGUCGUCACCAGCCCUAAGCCACGGCGCGAUGUCAAAUUUUGCACUCUCUCUCUCUACCUGAUAUCUCUCGCUUUCAUUUUCUACAUAUUCCAGUUUAUUAGAAGAAAAUACAUCGGUAAGAAGAGCAACGACUGACCUGCUUAUCGAAGUGUAUAUCCAACGAGUAUAUCUUAUGUAUAUAGAAAAGCUGUAUGUGAUAGUCCAACUUAUGUGAUGUCAUUAGUGAGGUCCAACGCUGCGAUACCGAGUAUUUUAAGAGUUAAGUUUGCUUGCUUCCAAAUGUACUUAAUUAUUCCAAAGAAGUAGAAUCAGAAGUGUUAAACACAUUUGUUAGAGACUGCUUUAAUGUUAAGUGCUUCCUCGUUUGGCCUAAGGUUUAAUUUGAAUGUUUCCAAAAAUCGUACAAAACGAAAACUUGGUAAUUCCUCAUUACAAAGCAAUCUUUUAUAAUCAUAAACUAUCUAAAACCCUAAUCUAAUUUUUAGACGUUUUUCUAACUUAGACAAAACUUAAUAACAUUCUUAUUGUGAACUUGAAUUUUCAACUGUUAUUGAUAUAAGUUUUCAUACAACUACAGUUUAAGGAUAUAGAGAAAGCAUGACGAAGUUGUUUUUUUUUACCUCUAGCAGAUGGGCGGUUCUGUAUAGGAAA